UUUGUGUAUAGGUAUUCAAUUGACAUUACAUGAUGUUAUAAAAAUGUGAAAAGUUUUGUUUUCGAAAUGAACCUUUUAUUUAUAGUAAUUAACUUCUUAAGUUUUAUAUAUUAUUCAAGUACCGACAUUCCUUCUUUGCCUUACUGUCAUGGAUCAGAGCCGGGCUUGGUGAUAGUGAGUACUCUUGAUGGGAAAUUGUCAGCAUUAAAUUCCAUUGGUUCAUUAAUGUGGACAUUUGAUACUGGUCCUGGUCCUCUACUGUUAUCAAAUAUACAUAACCUAGAAUUAACUAAUAAUGGAGAAUGGAUAAGGAUUAUACCUUCUUUAACAGGAGGUUUAUAUAAAUUUGAUGGUUCUACUGUUGAUCCAAUACCAAUCACCACAGAAGAACUACUUAAAUCAUCAUUUAAGUAUUCAGAUGAUCUUGUAAUUGCAGGUAGUAUUGAUGUUCGAACAUAUGGUAUUGGAUUCCAGUCUGGCAUAGUCUAUUAUGAAUGCACUUCUCUAAAGUGUUCUAACCUAGAUGACCAAAGAGGUGAAGAUGAUUUGCUUAUAUUGGAACGUAUGACUCAUACAAUAAGGGCUGUUGAACCUAGAAAUGGCCAAGAAAGGUGGAACUUCAGUGUUGGUCUUCAUGAUAUUAAAUUGUCCAAGAUAAGUUGUAUUUACAGCAAUACAGAUAAAGUUGAUUGGAAUGUGUCAGCUAUUUUACCAGACGGAGUUUUGAAGGUGUCAUUUAGACACAAUGAUGUUAACAACAAAUGGAGUCAUGUGUUUCCAUCUCCUAUUGUACGUGUGUGGAUAUGGUCUGGAAAAAAUAUGUCAGAAAUUGAUCUUUUUGUCCCAGGACACUCUCCAUCGAUUUACCUAGGAAUGCAUGAAAAACAACUCUACAUACAUGAAUCUUCACUGUUACAAAACGCAAUUCUCAAUAGAAGAUCAGGGACAAACAUAGUGGUAGCAGAAAGUAAAAGUAUUGCGAAAAUACCAUGGAAGCCAAUUGCUGCUUCUACAACUAAUACAGAAGAAGAUUCAACAGCAUUGUCAGUUUUAAAUGCUUCAGAAUAUGUUAAUGGACAAGGAUUUUACCUCCAUGCAAUUAUGGAAGAGCAAUUAUUAUGCAAUAACAGUAAUAAAAAAAAAUGGUUACAUAUAGAACCUGGAGAAAUGACAUAUUUGUAUUAUCUAAUGACUCCUUGGUACUGGAGAGAGUUAAUUUUGAUGACAAUCCCCCUUAUAACUGCAAUAUUCUUACUUCGGAACCAUUUUAGAGAUAAACAAAAAGUAAUAUUCGUAGAGAAGCCAGUUCCUGUGGAAGUACCUGCGAAAUUGGGCGAGGGAGAUUGCUUUGAACAAAAAGAACAAUUUAGUUCCAGAUAUGUUAAUCAGUAUGAUACAGUAAGGUGUCUAGGAAAGGGAGGAUUUGGAGUUGUGUUUGAAGUCAAACACAAAUAUGACGACUGCUCAUAUGCCAUCAAAAGGAUUACUUUACCUAAGAAGACUUUGAACAGAGAUAGGGUAAUGCGAGAGGUUAAAGCCUUAGCUAAAUUGGAACAUCAAAAUAUUGUUAGAUAUUUUUGUUCGUGGGUUGAAAGCCCACCUAUUAGUUGGCAACAAGAAUAUGAUAAGCAGUGGAUCAAAGAAUAUGACUGUGAACCAACGGUAACUGUUACCCCCACCACUAAAUCCCCUCCAGAACGGGUCAAAUCUCAUUCUAUAAGCAUAGAUGAUCUUUUACCUAGAUUUUAUGAUUCAGAGAUUUCAAAUGCGAUUCAAAAAAAAGACGACGACGACGACGAUGAUGACUCCUUCGUUGUAUUUGAAGAUUCUAACCCGAAUGCUCGAAAUGACUCAGGAGUAACAGAACCUUCUGUAUCUGAAAAGAGGGAACAGUCAUAUUCUGAACAUUUGAGGAAAAAAAUUGACUGGAAACGGCCAGAUAGAAAACAUUACUCCUGGGAUUAUUCACAUAGUCAACAGAUAAAGAUACCUAGCGAGCAACCAGUAUUUUUGUACAUUCAGAUGCAGCUGUGUAAAAAAGAAAAUUUGAAGGACUGGCUAAUGAUGCACCAAUCAAGGGAUUAUAAGCUCAUUAUCAAUAUAUUUUCUCAAAUAUUAGAUGCUGUUGAUUAUGUCCACCUGAAAGGACUCAUUCAUCGAGAUUUGAAGCCAAGCAAUAUAUUUUUCUCUCUAGAUGGUCAAGUAAAAGUGGGAGAUUUUGGAUUGGUUAAAGAUGCUGAGGACGCCUUUGAUUUAGAAUUAAUUAAAAAGGGUUCCUCUCCCUACAGAGGCCAUACCGUGGAAGUAGGAACUCAACUGUACAUGAGUCCAGAACAGUUUAAAAGUAACAUUUAUGACUGCAAAGUGGACAUAUAUUCCCUAGGAUUAAUUUUAUUUGAACUACUUGUUCCCUGUUCAACUGGAAUGGAACGUAUUAAAACACUGACUGAUGUUAAGCAAAGUAUUUAUCCUCCUUGGUUCGAGGAAAAAUAUUCAAAUGAGCAUAUGCUGUUAGAAAAUAUGCUCUGUGUAGAUCCCAACAAAAGGCUGACUACAGUGGGAAUUAAAGCUAGACCGCCAUUUAGCAGACAAGAUUCAGGAUUCAGCGAAGACUAUCAUUAUCGACUGGUUAAUUUUCAGAAAAAUUAAAUUGUUAUUAAUAUAUCAUGUAUACUGAUGAUUUUUAUAGUAUUUAAAUGAUAGUUAUUUGUAUUAUUAAGGAAAUUACUUUUUUUUCUAAUGUUAUUUUUCUUCUUUUUCUUAAUAAAUAUUAAUUUUUAA